GCGUGUGUGUGUAUGAGAGAGAGACAGACAGAGAGAAAGAGAGACGUAAUAUGAUGUUAAGUUUCUGUUUCCUUUCUCCAGAAGGCAAUGAGUAUAAAUAUAGCAGGGAGGCAGUGACAGGAGUAAGAGAGAGACAGAGACAAACAGACAGAGACAAACAGAGUGAAACAGGGAGAGUGAUGCAGGCCCAAGAGUGGACAAGCGUGUUUACAACAAGAGCAAAAGUUCUGCGGGACGAAUGGACACUCCACAUGGAUGAGUCCAUCCAGCCAAAAAAUGCACAACCGGGGUUCUAUGAAUACCUGAGAGGAUCGUUCGCUAAGUUUCGUUGUUCUGAGUGUGGUCAUAUGUGGCCCUCUAAGCGAGUGCUGGUGAUAUUUCAUUUCUCACUUGAUGCAGCAAAUGGGCGUGGCACUGUAAAGGUGCGCUGCUGUAAGCAGGAAUGCCGUGACUGCUGUUUGCCUUUAAUGGAGCAGCCGGAAUUUAGUCGAGACAACAUCGAUGUGAUGGUGGAGAAACUGAUUGAGAAGAUUAAAGUCAGAUGCUACGGUGAGAGCGUGGGAGAAGCAAACCGAACCUCAAGAUUUUCUGGUGAUGUGAACGGACCACAUGAAAGCGACCUCUGUGAGGGCUGUCGGCUGGGGAUCUGCCAACAGGGCAUGUGAACCACACAACUGCCCCAGCUGGGCAUCAGUGCUAACUACUUCUGUGCCCACUGACACUUCCAAACACACCCUCACCCUAACACACCCCAAAUUAACACACACACAUCAUACACCUUUUAUUUCAAGUCUGCAAUGUUCAUAUAAUUAAUGCUGUGCUUAAUAAAUACAAAUUUGAUAAAAAUGUACAAUUUUAUUUGUGUUAGAU